AUGAUUGUAACUAUAAAAACUCGCGAGAUCGAGCAAAUUAAAUUGGAGGAAGAAAUGAAGACCUUAUUUCGCCAGAGUAAAAUUAACAACGCCAUGAAAGAACUAGAUGAGAUGAAUAAGAAAUUCCAAGAAAUGAAGACUGAACUAACGGGAGAAAGAGAGAAGCUUAAUCAAGAAAAGGUGAAAUACGACGAACUAAAGCAAAAGAAGAUUAAAGAAGAAAAAGAUCACUUAGAUGAAGAAAUCACUAAGUUGAAAACUCAACUAAAAACUGCAACCUAUAAACAGGACGAAUUAUCCUUGCAGAGUCAAAAAACAGAAGCAUUAAAACUGGAUCUAGAGAAUAAAAAGAAAGAAUUUAAAACCUUAAAGAAAGAACCGGAUAGUAAAACCAAGUUCAUAGAUGAGUUAAAUGAAAAAUCAAACAAAGUUGCUGCGUUAGAAAAGACGAUCAACGACAUCGAAGAAAAGUUGAAGAAAGCAGAAAAACAAGGAAAGGAUAAAAUUAAAGAACUUGAAGCUAAAAUUGUAGAAGAAAAAAGUCGAAGCAAAUCCAAAGAAGGAAAACAAUCAACAUUAACAACUAAGGAAACGAAGAAAAGAAAAAAUAUAAUACACAAACUGAUGAACUCAACAAUAAAACCCAACUACAAUCGAAAGCAAGAAAAAACUUAUAGAGCGCUUAGUAAUCUCAAAUUCGAAUUCAUAAUCUCACAGAUCCCAGAAGGCCACGGGAGCUUAAAGUUCCUAGCGCCGUCUACUGGAUACUAUGAUGAAACUGUCCACAAUUAUGAAUGA